AUGUUCUUGCCAUAUGAUGACUCAGUGGGGAGGAAGGGAGCCAGUUUAAACCACGUCAAUGAAGAGGAACUAUAUAUGUGGCUGGGGCCUACUCUAGCUGCUCCAGUCAUAUGGGAUGGGCAGCAGCAGGGUUGGCAUGAGCAGCCUGGAGCUUUGACCCAUUAUCAACAAGAUUACCUCUCACCUAAACCUUCCCUCCGUGGAUUAACAGGAAAGCCAGUGAUGGUGAACUUCAAGUGGGGAAUGGAGUACAAGGGCUACCUGGUGUCUGUAUAUGGCUCUGUGAACAUACAGCUUGCAAAUACAGAAGAAUACAUAGAUGGGGCGUUGUCUGCACAUCUGGGUGAACUUUUAAUAAGGUUUAAUAGUAAUAAUGUCCUUUAUAUCAGAGGUGUUGAAGAAGAGGAAGAAGACAGGGAUAUGAGAGAAUAG